UCAUAAUCCACACGUGUACUACUUCACGAACUCUCAACCUGCCACGUCAUCAGAACACAUGCCACGUCACCGGAAAGUCGGAAAGUACGGAACACACAAAAGCCGUCACAAUGAAACCUCAGAUUCCUCGAAGCUCAAACCUCACAUGGCUUCUGUCACACUCUCCCUUCCCGCCAUAACGACAUCAUCACCGUCACUCCAAUCUCUGGGUUCACUAUCCCGGCCCAAACCCGAACUCCGACCCAGACCCAGACCCAGACCCAGACCCUUUCCCUCCCAUUCACCGAACAAAACUACCUUCCUGCCAAAUUCUCCUCGCCGGUCACGGGUCACGUCACAGCUCAGUCAUCCUAUCAUCUCUCCGGACGACCACUGGGGCCUAUGGACUGCCCUCUUCGCCACCGGCGCUUUCGGCCUCUGGUCGGAGAAGACCAAGAUUGGUGGGAUGGUAAGUGGUGCUCUGGUUAGCACUUUGGUUGGGCUUGCAGCUAGUAAUGUAGGCAUUAUUCCUCACGAAGCGGGUGCUUAUUCGAUUGUGUUGGAGUUUCUUCUGCCAUUGGCUAUUCCAUUGCUGUUGUUUAGAGCAGACCUGAGGAGUGUGGCUCGGUCUACUGGGACUUUGCUCUUGGCUUUCCUGCUUGGAUCAGUUGCGUCAAUGGUUGGGACUCUGGUGGCAUUUCUGAUGGUGCCUAUGCGGUCACUUGGUCAAGAUAAUUGGAAGAUUGCUGCUGCUCUGAUGGGCAGCUACAUUGGUGGAUCUGUUAACUAUGUUGCGAUUUCAGAGGCUCUCGGUGUCUCUCCUUCAGUUUUGGCCGCAGGAGUAGCAGCAGACAAUGUCAUUUGUGCUCUGUACUUCAUGGUAUUAUUUGCUUUCGCCUCUAAAAUACCUCCUGAGGCCUCAACAUCAACAAGUGAUGCUUCAAUGAAUAUGGAAUCCCAAAGUGAAAGGAAACUACCAAUACUAGAAACCGCAACUGCUCUUGCUACAUCUUUUGUGAUAUGCAAGACUUCCACAUAUCUCACAAGAUUUUUUGGAAUUCAAGGAGGCAGCCUGCCAUUAAUAACAGCUCUUGUUGUAAUUUUAGCUACUCUUCUUCCAACAUACUUCGCCUACCUUGCACCUUCUGGUGACACUAUUGCUUGUGUCUUGAUGCAGGUGUUCUUUGCCGUGCUGGGUGCUAGUGGGAGCCUAUGGAAUGUGAUGAUCACUGCUCCUAGUAUUUUCUUGUUUGCUGUAGUUCAAGUAACUGUCCAUCUUGCUUUGGUCCUGGGAUUGGGAAAGCUAUUUCACUUUGACUUAAAGCUUAUACUUUUAGCAUCAAAUGCAAAUAUUGGAGGGCCUACAACAGCCGGUGGAAUGGCAACUGCGAAAGGAUGGCAUUCUUUGGUUGUUCCGGGAAUUCUUGCAGGCAUCCUUGGUGUUUCCUUUGCAACUUUUCUGGGCAUCGGUUUUGGAAUCAUGGUUCUUAAACACUUGUAGAAAAUACAUGUAUUGAUGGGUAGGAAGUAAACUAUCCAACCCCAACCUGAAUAUAGUUGAGCUUGGGAAUCACUAACAGAUUGAUGCUUGACAAUCAUAAUUGACCAUCAUCAUUUUAGUUAAAAAAAAUCUAAUCCUGAUAA